AUGGCGACCGAUGCGACAGCUGGGCUUCCUUGCGAACUCACACUCGACAUCCCCUUCCCCGAUGCGCGCCUCGCCUCCGUCGCUCUCAAUGCCAUCCGGGUUGACAAAGAACUCUCAUUGUUGGUAAAACGAGACCUCUCAGUCAUUCCCGCCGACGGAUCCUCGGACCAAAGCGUCCUUCGAGUCGAGUAUAAGGCUGCCACGAACCGCAUGCUCCGAGUCGCUGUCAACUCUUUCCUUGACAGCCUGGCAUUGGUAUUGGAAGUUAUGGAGGAGUUGGAUGUAGAUGUUGUCGAGGCCCGGCAGAAAGAAAACAGCGGAUGA